CCAAACGCAUCACUGGUGAACCCUCUGCCCUUAUAAAUAGAGCCAGGCCCAGUAACCCACCAUCUCUAACAUCUGGGAGGGUAUUCCUUAUUAGGAAAAGAUUCCAAACUGUUCCUCCAUACCUUGCUCCAGACACCCCAGAACUUGACGGUUUUGUUUGGAAGUCGUGGGGCUCCAGAGCUGAAGAAAUCCAAAACAGCUACCAGCAGCAAUGGACACUCUUCAGCUGUAUUUACCAGACCUUAAGGUUGCCUAUGGAAAACUUGGCCAGUACCAAAGAUUCCAGCAACCCAGAAAGAAAGAUGGCACAUUCAAAAGGAAGGGGAUUGAAAGAGAGAAAUCCUUCAGUGAAAGUGACCCGGGAUCUCGUGCAAGCCAGCAAAAUCAGAAACCAAAAUGGAUGAAGAGAAUCAAGACCGCGUUUAGGAGGACGCUGUCCCACAAGGGCAGAGGCCAGCCAGCCAGUAUCAGCAGAGAGGGCUCCACUCUCCAUGGGAAAGCCCUGGGUCCCCACGCACAAGGCCUUCUUCCUAGGAUUGUCAGGGAGCUUACUUCUCCCAAGUUGUUUACCAAACCAAGAGUGGAAGAGCGCACACAGAAUGCAACUAUACAACUUGAUGUUGUAGAAGCCGAGACAGAGGAGAUAACCCAAGGAAAUACGCUCCUUCGGGCCAAGAGAACCACCAAGCGCUUAUCUGUGACAUCUCUUCCUUCGGGGAUGCAAAAGGUACCAUAUUCACCAAAGAAAAGACUACACUUUCCAACUCUUAAAAAAAAGAAACGUGGAAUUCUCCAAAAAUCAGGUCUGACAAUAGGAGAGCUUCAGAUGCAGGUGGAUGACCUCAAAGAAACAUUGUCGGAUAAAUCCAUGAAACUGUUGGCCCAAAGACUUGCUGAGCUACAACAGUGUGAGCUUCUAGGAGAUGAAAUACUUCAGUCUUCUAAGCAGUUCCAGAAGAUAUCCAAGAGAACCGUGUGGAAGUAUAAACUGAAAAAUAUGUGUUGCCCAUGUACCUGCUGCUUCUGAUUUUGUUUCUGACUAGAUAAGAGCUAACUAACUAGAACAAAUUAAAAAAAAAAAAAAGCUAAAAAAAUAAAAAUAAAUAAAUAUAAAAGAGCUAACUAUGUAGGAACUUUUAUUUUUUGGUACAUAAUCCUGAAUAAAUCUCUCUAAUGAAUUAAAAGAUAAGGGUGAAUUUUAAAGAACAUUCUCCAAGAAUUUUUUUUAAAAGGAUCGCUUUUGAAAAAUUGAUUUUUAUGUCUGAGUCCAUAGGCACAAAUUUUUGCUUAAUGAUUCUCACUAAUAAUGAGAAAAAGAAACUUUUGUCAGGGUAUAGCAACGCUGCAAAGAAAUUUCUCCUGAAACAUGCCAGAUGAAAUCAGAGGAAGCAUUUAAAGGUAUUAUGACACUCUUAAUAUGACUACUACUGAGCUAAUUUUAAACUUUUCAUUUUUAAAUAUAAAAAGUCUUAUUAAAAUUAUAAAAAUGUAACAUAAUGAAGGUAUGAUUCAUGGAAAAUGUCAUGUCUUUGAACUAAAAUAAAUGGAUGAGAAUGGAACCUAACAAGAACUGCAUGUGUAAUACUUAAGAAAAUUACAAACGAUCCAGACUUAGUUCAAUUUUUAUAAUUAAAAAAUCCUUUAUGCAAGAUCAUCUUAAACUAUUUACUUCAAAUAACUUUUCAUUUUAUAAAUAUAUUUUUUUAUUGAAAAUGACUUCUAAAGGUCAAAACAGUAGAGAAAAAACUUAAAACAUUUAACAACUACAUUCUUUAAGUACUACAGAGAGAGGGAGACUGAAAGAGUAAGUAAUGCCUAUGGAUUUACUUUUGGAUCUUGUAAUUACCUCUGACACCAGUGAUUCUUAACAUCACAGUACCUCUUCCCACAGUAAACAUACACCAUAAACACUGUGCAUGUAAUUUCACAGGUUCAUGGUUCUUCUGAGGCCUAUUCAUGGAUUUCAUUUUCAUUUUCUAAAGUGGUAAUAAUUUCCAGAAAUUGACUCAUCGUCCCAUAUACACCCUAGAAAUGCCACCUUCUCAGUCUUCACUUAUUUUAUAAGGCAGUCAAUGUCACCAGUUACUAAUGGGCACAAACAUGUAACUUAAAGAUAUUUUAUUAAACAUUUUUGGAUGUUGUUUCCUACUUUUUAAGAAUGAAAAAUGCAUUUCAAUAAAAACAUAUAUACUGAA